CAGAAAGGUGUUAUUGAAACCGGCUUGUCGGACGACCGUGACCCAAUUGAAUUCUAAGGGGGUUUUUUUUUUUCUUUUCUUCAAACCGAACCCUAUUCCUUGUGAGGAAGGAGAUUUGUCAGUCGGGAGUAGAGACUUGAUAGAAACUCAGCAAAAGAGAAGCCCAAAUCUCUAUGGCGAUGGCGAGUCUACCAUCUUCUCCACCUGCGCCAUCACCUCCUUCAAUCUCCGCUUCCCAUUCUGAGUCCUCCGUCACUCUUGCCACCGCUCUUCUACCACCGCAGGCCCAGGUUGUUGCUACCGCCGAAAAUGGAACGCUCAAUGUCGAUGACCAAAAGCCUCAAAUUGCUAACCAUUUUGCGGUUCUUGAUAAUCCGGAAAACAUUGAGAAGUACAAGAAAUUUGAGGCUGACUACGCCGGUCGGUUGAUGGCAAAAUAUUUCUCUAAGAAUAACUUUUACGGAGGCAACGUUUUUGAUGAGAAAACAACAAUAGAUGGUGAGACCAUAUUAUCAAGCAGGUGGCCUUGCACUCGAUCAUUUGCAGAUCCGAUGAAUGCAUUCAAGGAUCUGAACAAUGGUGGUUCAAAUGCCGAGGCCUUGAAAUAACAUCUCAAACGGGAAACUCCCACUUAAGAAGAAUGGCUGAUAUCACAAUUGAUGGCAUUCUCUCAAAUAUGCUACCAUAUGCAAAAAAGGCAUUAUGUAGACCACAAACUCUUUUUUGAAGUAAUAGAGCAGGAAUCUUUUACAAUUUGUCAAUGUUUUGUUAACAAAUUUCUUUUAUUUUCAAUUCCUGUGUAACAAAUAGCAUCAAUUAUGUCAAUACAUCAAGCAAUUAUUUCUGGA